GCGGAAACAGGUACUACUAGUGCGGAUCAUUCGAAUCCCGCUGGUAUGACUCUACAGUCAGCAAGGACACAACAGCAGGCAAUGAAUUCAGUGCAGCUACCAAUCACCAGCUCCCUGCCAACAGCCAGCAUCAAUAGUCAACCAACCAGUGUCAUUUCGGCUGUUGGCACCGUUCCCAUGAGCCCAUAUGCAAGUCAGUAUCCGUCAUUCGGGCUGUACUCCAAUGGCGCAAUGGCGGCUGUACCUGAUUUGUCGCAGACUACCCUUCCUGCUCUAACGCCAAGUGCGUUCCGGAUCGGAAGCCUAAUCGAUAACUACAGCAUGUAUAAUAAUAUGUAUGCUGCACAACCAGGCAACACUUUGAACGAAUAUCCUUACCAGCAAACACUGUACAGGUAG